UUUUCGCUACGCUUUGUUUAUUUCUUGUAAUCAGUAAUUAAUAAAAGUAUUAAUCAAAAACAGGCAACAGCGAGCACACGAAAUGUCUAACGCACAGCGCUCGUUUGUGCAAAAGGUUUCUAAGCAGUCGGCGGCAGAUGUACGGAAAAAUGUUUCCAAUUGCCAUUUGUCUAAGACCAUAGACACGUCGUUGUGCUCUUCUACGGUUUCCCCGACAGAGCCGCUCGACUAUGAGGAGUUCCUCUCGCAGCAUAUGAACAUCAUCAGCCGAGAUCCCUUGAAGCACAUCCUGGACUUUCCCCAAGGAGAUGUAACUGUAAAAGUCAUUCCCCGAAAAAUCCGGACUGUUGAUCACAUUGUCCCCAGCGAAAAACUGACGGAUUUGCCGCAACAUGUCCAAGAGUGCGUCAACUGCUACACACGGCCAUGGAAGACAGUUGAGUACGCGCAGCGGCACCUCUCCAGCUCGUGCUACAUUCGCGAGCGGAUUGAUCGCGGUGCCAUUAGCCCGUCGGCAUACCAACAGGAGUUUGAGAUCGACAAGGACUUCGCUUCCUUCGAGGAGACGUUUGCCUACAAGAGCGAAAGCUGCACUCCCAGUUCAAGACAGUCUAUAGCGAGUUUAGCUUCGGUUAGUUCUUGCACGGAUACCUUAACGCCUCGCGGCUCGUGGGCCAGCUUCGAUCUGCGGCGCUCGGUCAAUGAUCCCCUCAUACCGAACCUACUGGACAACGUUCCGCCGGAACAAAUCGAUCAGACCAACGAAGCGCGACGGCAGCAGGACCGUCAAGUGGCUCUCUUUUCGCUGUAUCCAGAGUCUGAAUUGGAAGAAAGCAUCGAGCGGAGGUUGAUGGCCGAUAUUCCCAUGGAGCACAUGGGACACCGCAUUCAAGUCAAGUGCCUUCAGCUCCGUCUUGAACUCGAGGUGGAGCCAAUCUUUGCCUCUAUGGCAAUAUAUGACGCCAAAGAACGUCAGAAAAUAUCGGAGAACUUUUACUUCGACAUGAAUUCGGAUAGUCUGAAGCGGAUGUUGUCAACUCACGUCCAGUGUGCCGACGUCAGCACCCAGAGCCACUCGGCCAUAUUUGAAAUCUCAUACCCGAGCAACGACCUUUUCCUCGUAAUUCGUCUGGAGAAGGUGUUGCAGGGCGAUAUUAACAACUCGGUGGAACCGUACUUGAAGGAGGACAAGGAUAAGUACCGAGAGAAGGUGAAGUCGAACGCCGCCGACUAUUGUGAGCGUUUGGGAAAAUAUCGAAUGCCUUUUGCAUGGACCGGAAUCUACUUGACGGACGUUUUCAAUGGCGACAAUUUUGAAGGCAAGGACGUCGGGGGGAAUGACCGCGAUUCCGCUGCCAGCGGGGCCGGCAGCAGCGGAUUGGGCACAGCUCCGAGCUCUAAUAGUUUGGAUCGGAAGUCAUCAACAAGUAGCUUUGACCAGCUCAGACGAAAAGCCGAUUAUGUGAGCGGAACCUUGACUCGCCGCGGCUCUUUGGAGCGGAAGGAGAAGCGGCGAUCGUGGUCGCCAGAUGAUUUCGCGAAUGUUGUUGAAAACUUUCGCCCUAUUACGAUAACGGUUCCAAACUUCUUCAAGCAAGAGGCAGAUAAGAUGAAGGACGAGGACUUGUAUAAAAUUCUGCCAGAGCUAAAACGACCAAGCUCAGUUAUGAAGAAAUACAAAUGCAUUCCAGGCUCCAUUAAACUGGAGAUCUCACCCUGCAUUGAGGACGCCAAGAACUCCCUAACGCCAGAGCUGGCCAAAAUAAACCCGCAGAGCGCCGAGAACACACGCCCUGUUAAAGAAGUGCUGGAAUUUCCACACUCGGCUAUUUUUAAUCCACACUACACCUAUCGCAAUCUGCUGUUCGUUUCGCCAAAAGAACUCAAUUUCUCAUCGCGUGCUGGUUCCGCACGUAAUAUUGCCGUACGCAUACAGUUGAUGGCGGGCGAAACACCAAAGGAUGCAGUAAAUGCCAUUUACGGCAAGUCUUCUUGCCCGAAAUUCUCAACAGAGGCAUUCACGGCUGUCAACUACCACAACAAGUGCCCAUCGUUCUAUGAUGAGAUAAAAAUUGCCCUGCCUGCCUCAAUAAAGCAGCAUCAUCACUUAUUUUUCACCAUCUACCAUGUGUCCUGUCAAAAGAAGCCUCAGGACGUUCAACCGUCGGUGGAGACACCUAUUGGUUAUACAUGGCUGCCAUUAUUGGAGGAUGGCAAGCUCAAGGUUGGAGAAUUCAAUCUGCCUGUUAUGGUGGAAUCACCACCGGAAAACUACUCCUUUAUACCUCCAAAUGUGCAUCUCCCCGGUAUCAAAUGGCUGGACAAUCACAGAGCAGUGUUCGCUAUCAAUGUAGAAGCAGUGACUGCCAUUCAUACGUUGGAUGCUUUUCUGGAUCGUUUCUUUCUGAUCUGCGAGUAUCUGGACACUCGUAAUAUACCGUCCCAUAUCGGUGAGGGAAAUAUAGAGGCGGAACUCAAGAAGUGUUUACUAGACAUCGAGAAUGCAAGUCGGGAGGCGUUGGUGAGGCAUUUGCCAUUGGUCCUGGAUAAACUUAUCGAAUUGCUGGUGAUGACCCACAAGAUUGGUGGCCAAACCAUGUCUCUGGGCUCUACGGUCUUCGAAGUUCUGUGCUUGGUUUCGUCACUCUUGUCCAUAUUAAACGACGAUCUCGUAGUUGACCAAUACGGACGGCAGAGUUUGCUUUCGACUUACGUGCAAUUUCAGUGUAAAAUUCCCCAUCCCUUCCACAGCAAGCAGAGAUUAACGUGUAGUCGCAGCACAACAGAUGAGCUGCAAGUGAGCGAGUCCUAUAGCCUGUAUGAUGAUGUGAUAACUAGUGGUCGCAGUCUAGACCGAAAAGACCCUUCAAUGGAUAUUAUUCACUCAAUCGUGGGUCGGGAUGUUCAAGUGCGCCUGCUACACGAAGAACUGGCCCUCCACUGGGUCGUUGCCAGUGGGAAAGCGGCCGAGUUAGCCAUGUCGAAUUCAUGGUUUUUAUUUGAGCUCAUCAUCAAGUCAAUGAUUGAGCACUUGCACAACUCCAACACCCUGAAUGGGCCGCGUAAGAAUCGUUUCCCACACCAGGUCAAUGACGAUUUGUCUACCCUGGUGCAUCUAGUCACUACAAAAGUAGUUGGCUACCAUUGCAGCGAGCCCAAGUUGGCACAAUCCCUGAAUGCCAGCUUAGGCUUUUUUAUUUUCGACAUCCUGAGCAUUAUGGACCGGGGAUUUGUAUUUGGCUUGAUUAAGACCUACACGAAGGUUCUGAUUUCUAAAAACGCCUCCAUACCAGAUUUAAUGAACUACAAAUUAGACUUCUUGAGAAUUGUGUGUAGCCAUGAACACUUUGUAGCUCUUAACUUGCCGUUUGGAACUUCGUACACGAUGGUUUCUGCGCCAUGUAGCCCCACUCCAAGCACCACAUCGUGCAACAGUCAGACCUCAUGCGGAUCAUUAGAACGAGCUCUACACGCGGACCUCAGUCGGGAAUUCCUCCAACAACACUUUCUAGUCGGACUUGUUCUCAGCGACUUGGCUGCAGUAAUGGAGGUUCCGAAUCCCCAGUUACACGGAAAGGCUAUUCGCUGCGUUCGUAACCUAAUGACAUCGCACGAUUUGGACACUCGGUACAGCGAUACCGAAGCCCGUGCCAGAGUGGCGGCUUUGUACAUCCCCCUGCUCUCAAUAGUCAUGGACAGCAUUCCGCAGUUGCAUCAGCAUGGACUUGAACAGGACCGCUUGCAGCAGAUCGGACAGCUCGAAGAUUACCAAGGCCCCCAUCAAACCAUGACGACAACCACCAUAAAUCCAGAAGUGGCAUAUGCAAUAUCCGGCAGUCGUCCCUACUCCUAUAUGAGUGAGCAAGUCAAGACCAAGUCUCCAUUCAGUUCAGAAAACACCCGGCACUUAAUGGUCUGCUUUCUUUGGGUGUUAAAGAACUUGGAGCGAAGUAUUCUUUACCGUUGGCUGUUGGGCCUGAGCCCGCAUAGAGUGCACCAAAUGCUGCAGGUUGUAAACGUUGGCCUCAAAACGUUCGAAUAUACGGGGCAGAGACACGUCCCCACCCUAAAGCGGACAAAUACUCAAAGCUUUAGGAAAAAUGUGUCUACAGACGUGAAGGAGAAGUUGGAGGAAUGUAUAAGAGGCACCAACUCUGCACGCUACGAUCUAAUAAACAGGCGGAAAGAUCGCAAUUCGACAGAGAAGUUCCGCUGGCGAAAGGAUCAGAUGCCCUACCGCUCACAGUAUGCGGACGGCACGGGCAAAAGUGAGCAUGAAAUUGAAUUGAGUCACUUCAUUGAAGGUUCUCUGGCUACCGAAGUAGCACUUGUACUCCUGGACACCCUUGAAAUUAUUGUUCACGUGGCCGCUAACCUCCACCACAAUCUCCUGGGGACCGUGCUCAAGGUGUUGCUGCAUGCCCUGUCCCGAAAUCAAUCAACUCUAGCGCUACAAAACUUGUUCGCCUCGCAGCGCGCUCUAAUCUUCAAAUUUCCGAACCUACUAUUUGAUGAGGAGACCGACAUAUGUGCCGACUUGUGUUUGAUUUUACUGAAGCACUGCGGGUCUCUUUUGCCUGGUAUUCGCUCACAAGCAGCUGCAUCCCUUUAUCUCCUGAUGAGACAAAACUUCGAAAUCGGCAAUAAUUUCGCCCGCGUCAAGAUGCAAGUGACUAUGUCGUUAAGUUCGCUUGUUGGUACCAGCACGGUGUUCAGUGAACAGUCUUUGCGGCGCGCGCUGAAAACAGUUCUUGUGUAUGCCGAGUCAGACUCUGAUCUCCAGGACACGUCGUUCCCAGAGCAAGUGCAGGACCUGUUAUUCAAUCUCCACAUGAUACUGUCUGAUACUGUGAAGAUGAAGGAGUACCAAGAAGAUCCAGAAAUGUUGCUUGAUCUCAUGAAUCGUAUUGCAAAGGGUUACCAGAAUAAUCCUGAUCUAAGGUUGACUUGGUUGGAGAAUAUGGCCAAGAAGCACCGUGAGCGUGCGAACCAUACUGAGGCAGCAAUGUGCUAUGUGCACGCAGCUGCUUUAGUUUCUGAAUAUCUUAGCAUGCUGGAGUCACAGACCCACCUUCCUGUUGGCGCCGUCACUUUUCAGCGCGUUUCACCGAACACUCUUAUGGAGUCAGCGGUGUCAGAUGACGUCCUCAGUCCAGGGGAGGACGGCAUCUGCCUGGGAAACCACUUUACGGAAACUGGACUGAAGGCUUUGCUGGAAGAAGCCUCCAAUUCGUUUCAAGUUGCUGGCAUGUAUGAAGCGAUGAACGAGGUGUACAAGAUUCUGAUUCCCAUUUACGAAGCGAACAGGGAUUUUCAGAAACUCAGCAAAGUGCACGGCAAGCUGCAGGAAGCUUUCAACAGAAUAGCCCAGCUACAGGGAAAAAGGGUUUUCGGCACAUACUUUCGUGUGGGUUUUUAUGGAGGCAAAUUCGGAGAUCUGGACCAGCAGGAAUUUAUUUACAAAGAACCCACUUUAACAAAGUUACCAGAGAUUUUCAGCCGCCUCCAGAACUUCUACACCGAACGCUUCGGACCGGACUCAGUUCAUAUCAUCAAGGACUCAAAUGCAGUCGACAUAAACUCUUUGGAUCCCGAUAAGGCGUACAUUCAGAUAACCUAUGUGGAGCCAUACUUUGAAACCUACGAGAUGCGUCAUCGAGAAACAUAUUUUGAGAGGAAUUUCAAUAUCAAACGUUUCAUAUAUGCGACGCCGUUCACGAAAAACGGAAAAGCACACGGCGAACUCCAUGAGCAGUGCAAGCGGAAGACGAUUCUGACCACAGCCAACCACUUUCCGUACGUGAAAACUAGAAUAAUGGUUAUUAGCCGGCAGCAAAUAGUCUUGGAACCCAUUGAAGUGGCAAUAGAGGAUAUCCAAAAGAAAACAGUGGAGUUGGCGGCGGCUACGAAUCAAGAGCCUGCGGACCCAAAAAUAUUGCAAAUGGUGCUGCAGGGGUGCAUAGGAACCACCGUGAAUCAAGGACCCAUGGAAAUGGCAAGCGUGUUUCUCUCAAACCUAUCCGACGGCACCACCGUGCCAACCAAGCACCAAAACAAGCUGCGGCUCUGCUUCCGAGAGUUUUCGAAGCGUUGUGCAGAUGCCUUGAAGAAGAAUCGCAACCUAAUACUUUCCGAUCAGAAAGAUUACCAGCGGGAACUGGAGCGCAACAACGAUCGUUUCAUUGAGCGCUUGACGCCUUUUAUCACUCUGACAACAGCUCAGAACAAUGGCAUCGUUAAGGCUAAUGCAAACAAUAACAAAAGCACUCCGCUGAAAUGGUAAAUUCUGCAGUACACAGUUGUUAGAACUUUGUUUUAAAAGAACCCUUGCUAUUUCAUGUCUAGCGUGGCGGAUUAUUUUAAGUAAGUUGCGCGUCAUCUUUAAAAGUUCAAUUGGACAAUAUUAAUAUUUUGACUGAUUGAUCUCUCUUUUGGUGGCAUAUAAGACCAAAUCUUUUAAACUCUCGUAUAAGGUCCAAAUCCAAAUAUUAUUACCAAAAAUAAUUAACAGUGACUAAUAAUAAAAUACACUUCAUUCUA